AUGUUAGAACUAUAUUUAAUUCAACGCUUUGAUGUUGGGUGUUUCUUUCUCUCCACAGUACUCUGCUCAGCCCAGCAUUCAGAACAGCCAGAGACUCGGCAGGUGAAUGGCAUCGUGGGAACGUUUUUCUAUUUUCCAGAGAGGGUGUUGACAUCUGGCAAUUUACUUUAUGGAGACCUUGGCAACAUUGCACAGGUGUACCCUGGUAAACAAAGUAAUACAAACCUUGAGAAGAGAUAUAAAAACCGUCUUCACUGGAACAAUGUUACUGGAGUCUUCACUUUGUCAGACCUACAAAUAGACGAUUCUGGGGUUUAUACUGUGGAGAAUGGAGAUGCUGAAGAGAAGAUGACACAUAUAUUUCAGCUGACUGUGUACUAUGUUCUGUCCAAACCUCAGGUGACGGUCCAUGAUAACAUCUCCUGUAGCUUGGUGUGUUCUGUGGAGAACGGGAGAGAGGUGACCCUGUCCUGGUAUAAAGGAGGGGAGAUACUCAACCAGACCAGCAGCCCUGACCACAUAACCCUCUCUAUACCUCUCAAGGUGGAUGAACAGAACAGAGACUCUUACAGAUGUGAGGCUGCCAACCCAGUCAGCAAGGAGACAGCUGUUCCACAUUCCUGUAUAGAGAGUGAUCCCUUCAAGGUGACAGAUGGUGAUGAGAGGACUCGAGGUUGUCUUAUUAUUGCUGUAAUCUGUGUUUUGGUGGCUUCAGGACUUGUUGGACUUGCAAUGUAUCUUAAGAAGAGGAGAAACGGACACUCACAGUCUAGGAGGAGCGAAGAGGUAUACCAGAACUGGAGUCACUUAGAGACAACCCUGACCUGA